ACACCCGCACGUGUUCGCGCCGGAAGCUUUCGCUGGGGUUGGAGAUUCUUGAGAAUGGAAACCCAGAUGGAGGUACAGAGCUCUUUGGCCGAGGACGGCUUCACCCAGGUCACCCGCAAAGGUGGCCGGUGGGCGAAGAAACGACAGGCUGAGCAGCUGUCCUCGCCGGAGGAGGGCGGCGACGCCGACCGCAUGGACACCGAGGAAGCCCGGCCCGCGAAGAGGCCCGUCUUCCCGCCCCUCUCCGGGGACGGGUUCCUGGGUGGGAAUGCAGAAACCAGGAAAAUUCCAGUCCCAACCAACAGAUACACGCCAUUAAAAGAGAACUGGAUGAAGAUAUUUACUCCUAUUGUGGAGCAUUUGGGACUUCAGAUACGCUUUAACUUGAAAUCGAGGAAUGUAGAAAUCAGGACUUGUAAAGAAACCAAAGAUGUUAGCGCUCUGACAAAAGCAGCUGAUUUUGUGAAAGCCUUUAUUCUUGGGUUUCAGGUAGAGGAUGCACUUGCCCUCGUUAGGUUGGAUGACCUCUUCCUAGAGUCUUUUGAAAUUACAGAUGUUAAGCCCUUAAAGGGAGACCACCUGUCGAGGGCAAUAGGAAGAAUCGCUGGCAAAGGAGGAAAAACCAAAUUCACCAUUGAGAACGUGACACGGACAAGGAUAGUUUUAGCUGAUGUGAAAGUUCACAUCCUUGGUUCUUUCCAGAACAUCAAGAUGGCAAGGACUGCCAUUUGCAACCUCAUCCUGGGAAAUCCUCCAUCAAAGGUUUAUGGCAAUAUUCGCGCCGUGGCUAGCAGAGCAGCAGACCGAUUCUGAUUUCAAGUCAGAGACUUUUUGUCUUGUCUUUGGACUCUAGAGAAAAAGUCUUUCCCCUCUACACGUGAUCACCAGACACCGUGUGAAGAACUUUUCAGUCAUGUGUACCAUUAUUACACUAGCACAUUAAGUAUAAUUUAUCAUUUUUUCCAUUUUAAAUCACAUGUAGCAGAUUUGCAUGGUUUAUAAUCCUCUCAUUUGGAGGGAGACUUCUUAUUUAAAAAACAGUUCUGUAUUUCUAAGUUUUUUACUUAUAAAUUUAGUUAUAAAUAAACUUAAUGUUUAAAUUUUUAAGUGUUUUAAACAUUUAAAUUAAAUGUUUAAAUUUAUAAAUAUUUCUUCUCUAUGAGUUGUAAUUAAAAGAAUUAUCUCAGAAAACCUCUCUGAAUCAUGACCCUCAGUACUUGGUGGUGUGUGAAUAUUUUAGACCCAGGUCAUAAGCAGCAGUUUAAAUUGUGGACCAAGAAAUCUUUGUACCUAUUUUUGCGUUUGUAAAAUUAAAGGCUACAUCAUGAGGUUGAUGUAAGAGUUUUAGUUUUUAAAUGUUUUUAAUGAAAGCAGUCAGACUUUACCAGUGUUUAGGUAUAUAUCUUCUAAGUAGUAAAGGUGAGAUAUGAUAAAAGAAUAUUUUUACCCCUAAGAAUACUACUACAUUCUGCAAAUGCAAUAGAUUGUUUUAACAAGCAUCUGCUUAAACAUUCUCUGAUUCAUAUUAUGCAUUUUUUUAAUGAAA